GCUCCCGUCAGGAAGGCGGAAGUGACGGCGGUGGCGCUGUGCUCGGCCCCGCAAUCUCAGGGAGCCCCGAGCUCUCCGGUACCGAUUUGAAGCAUCACUAUGGCAACUAACCUUCGCAAGGGCGGUGGCUUCAUCGGGCUGGUCAAAGAUGCUUUUCAGCCUCAUCACCCACAACAAGGCCCACCUGGGAGCGUGGACCGCAGGAGCGUAGAGAAGUGCUGGAAACUCAUGGAUAAGGUGGUCCGACAAUGUCAGAAUCAACGGUUGGCUCUGAAGAACAGCCCACCAUACAUUUUGGACCUGCUUCCCGACACAUACCAGCACCUGCGCACCAUCAUGUCACGUUAUGAGGGGAAGAUGGAGAUACUGGGGGAGAAUGAAUACUUCCGAGUUUUUAUUGAGAACCUCAUGAAAAAGACCAAGCAAACCAUAAGCCUUUUUAAAGAGGGCAAGGAGCGUAUGUACGAAGAGAACUCCCAGCCCAGGCGCAAUUUGACCAAGUUGUCCCUCAUCUUCAGCCACAUGCUGGCAGAAUUGAAGGGUAUUUUCCCAAAUGGAUUGUUCCAAGGAGACACGUUCCGUAUUACCAAAGCCGAUGCUGCUGACUUCUGGAGGAAGGCCUUUGGAGAGAAAACCAUUGUUCCCUGGAAGAUAUUCCGUCAUGCCCUCCAUGAUGUCCAUCCCAUUUCCUCUGGGCUGGAAGCCAUGGCAUUGAAGUCCACCAUUGACCUAACUUGUAAUGAUUACAUCUCUGUGUUUGAGUUUGACAUAUUCACCAGGCUGUUCCAGCCGUGGUCCUCACUCCUCAGGAACUGGAACAGUCUAGCAGUAACACACCCUGGUUAUAUGGCAUUUCUGACAUAUGAUGAAGUCAAGGCAAGGCUUCAGAAAUUCAUUCAUAAACCUGGAAGUUAUAUUUUCCGUCUGAGCUGCACAAGGUUGGGUCAGUGGGCAAUUGGAUAUGUUACUGGAGAUGGGAAUAUAUUGCAGACCAUUCCACACAACAAACCACUCUUUCAGGCCCUGAUUGAUGGAUUCAGAGAAGGCUUCUAUUUGUUUCCAGAUGGGCGCAAUCAGAACCCGGAUCUAACAGGCCUUUGUGAGCCAACCCCUCAGGACCACAUCAAAGUCACUCAGGAGCAGUAUGAGCUGUACUGUGAGAUGGGCUCCACUUUCCAGCUUUGUAAAAUCUGUGCGGAAAAUGAUAAGGAUGUGAAGAUUGAGCCCUGUGGGCAUCUCAUGUGCACUUCAUGUCUCACCUCUUGGCAGGAAUCGGAGGGUCAGGGCUGCCCGUUUUGCCGCUGUGAAAUUAAAGGGACAGAGCCUAUUGUGGUGGAUCCCUUUGACCCCAGAGGAGGUGGGAUUGCUGAGCUGCUUCGGCACUGUGCUGACGGAGCUCCUUCCCCUUGUUAUGAAGACGAUGAUGAUGAACGUGGAGAUGACACGCUCUUCAUGAUGAAAGAAUUGGCUUGUGCCAAGGUGGAAAGGCCGCCAUCUCCUCUUUCCAUGUGCCCCCCAUGUUCUCUACCCCCAGUACCGCCCCGUCUAGAUCUGUUACCGCAGAGACCUCCCAAUCCACCAGGAGCCUGCAGCCCAGCAUCCACUUCUAAGGCUUCUAGUAGUUUACAUCACAAGGACAAACCAUUGCCUGUCCCUCCCACACUGCGAGAUCUCCCACCUCCUCCACCUCCUGACAGACCGCACUCAAUGGUGGGUGAUGGCAGGCCCCAGAGGAGACCCCUUCCCUCGACCCCAGCAGAGAAGUCUUCUGGUCGGUCUGCAGACCCAUGGCUUACACGAUCUGUGCCAAAGGCUCCCACAUCUAACUUGAACCCUGGAGAUCCCUGGUCAGGGGGUAGAGAACUGACCAACAGACACUCCUUGCCUUUCACAUUACCAUCCCUUGUGGAUGAUAGAAGGGACCGGCAUGGCAGCACCCAGAGCCUGGACAAUACUGGCAUUAGCGCAUCUGUUGAACUGCUGGGAGCAUUAGACAUUGAUGACAACAAAGUGAAAACUUCAUCUUCUGCCAACUCAAUCUAUUCCCUGGCUACUAGACCUUUUGCUGUGACAAAGCCCUUGAUGGGUGAUCAUUCAGACAGUGGCGAUGACACAGAGUAUAUGUGCCCUUCUUCCCGGCCUGUGAUUUCUGGAGCAGCAUCUAAACUUGAAACAAAGCGCCCGUUGGAGAUUCUUGCCAGCAUGAGACCAACAGAGCAGCAGAUGGAAAGGGAGUCAUAUGAGACUAUGUACAAUAUUCAGUGCCAAGCUACACCACUUGUCAUAGAGCCCGAGAGAGAGGACGAGGAGUGUACCUCAGUGUCUAGCAAUGGACCCGAAGAGGAGGAGGACAAUGGCUAUGACAUACCAAGGCCUCAUUUGCCUAUGGCUCCUGCUCGUCGUACCCUCUCAGAUAUAUCUAAUGCCACACCUGCCUUCAGCUCCACUUCUGUAAACACAGAUCCCCGAGCAGGAUUUCCAGAGCUCUCUCAGGUCCCUGAGCGCCCACCAAAACCAUUUCCUCGCAGAAUGAAUUCAGAACGAAGACCAACGACUGGUGGGGAAGUAGCUCCAGCUCCACUCUCCAGCGAGAUUGAGAGCUUGCUGAGCCAGGGUUAUUCCCAGCAGGAUGUUAACAAGGCACUUGUAAUUGCUCAUAACAACAUUGAGAUGGCUCGGAAUAUCCUACGAGAGUUUGUGUCCAUCCCAUCUCCUGCUCAUGUGGCCACAUAACGGUAGGAACCGUGGGACACUUAGACCUCAGGCUGGGAAGAGGAACCCAAGGUGAUUGCAUCUUCUGCCCUAUUGAUUAUAAACAACAGGGAACAACUGUAGGACCAGUGGGGAUAGUUAUUGGUAAAGAUAUAUUAAGAAGUGGUAGGCAGCCAUAAUCCUACCCCCUUACUGGAAAUAUACAGGGUUACAGGCAUUAGCCUGCCCACCAAACAGCAUUAACAAUAAGAUGAUCCUUGACCAACCAGAAAACAUUUCUGUGAAGCUUCAUUUUCCCCAUCUCCCUCCUGCAGUUCUGUAUCUAUCUAGUGGAACAUGCGGGAACAGAGAUUUGCUUGGACUGCUGUCGUGGAUACACUGAACAUGCCGCCUCCUUUCUCGUAAACGCAACAGGUUCUAGGAAUGCUCCAACUCCUGCAGCUCUUAUAGCAGAGAUGGGAGGUUAGCUGGACAAUUUCUCACACAUUUCAUCUAACAUUUAAUUUGAAAAAUCCUAUUUUAUCAGGAAAUAGGUUUUAGUGGCAGCCACUCUGGCAGAACAAGAGGAAACCCCUCGCUGCUUGUGUGUACGUGGGACACUCUUAUUUCAGAGGUGUUUGUUCUCUGAUCCUAUUCAAUUGCUUUUUAGGGAUCACUCAAGUACUUGCCUCUGUACUUUUUUUUUUUAAUCUGCUGUCUGACUUAUUAUAUGUGACUUAAGGCAAUAGAGCACUCCAGUGGUUAGUUGUCGCAAUUCCACUAGUGCUCUAAUGCCACACAACUCAGGGUGAAAGAGGAAGUGUGGAAUCACUCCCUCCUGAAGUGGGAUGACUGGGUGAAUGAUUGGUUGGGAAAGGGGCUCGUUUCCUGUGUCGCAAGUAAUGGGAGGAAGUGGUUUGGAUGCCCUCAAACACUGUUACAUUAUUUUAAUGCUUCAUCAUGACGGUCCAGUUCACCACACACAACAUUCAGGAACAUGUACCGACUAUAACUGCAAGACACGUCUUUGUAUGUGAUGCGUAUGUGAAUGGAUGAAUGUGUGCCUGUAAAUGUGUGUGUACAUGCGUAUGUGCGCACAUUUUAUAUGGUCUCAAAAAUCAUUAAAACAAACAAAAAAAAAAGUUAACUUUAUUUGAAAUUCAAAUCCAUAUUUUGAAGCCUUAAGUUUUUUUUAUUUUGCAUUUAAAAGUAACAAAAUGUCAUCUUUAUUGGGAUAAACUGCAAUUUCAAAACAAGAAUCACUAUGAAAUCUUCCUGUAUGUCCUAUUAAUUCAGUAUAUUGAUGCUGGUCCAGCAAGAAUUGAUCCUCUUUGCCCUAGUUUUCCUCUGCUGGGUUAUAAAAUAAUUAAAUCACAAGAUUGUUUCCUAAAUGAAGCUUGAAUAGCUUCAUAGAAUUGGAUUUGAAUUUUAUUGAAUAUUAAUAAUUUGGAAUGUUACUUUGGAAUUUUUUUUUUGUAUGUGUAAAGGAAUAUAUUUAUAUUUUAUGUAUAUACAGAUGUAGCAAAUAUUACUGAACCCAUAGACACUUUAGAGUAAUGACCUGAGGCAAAUCAGUGUAUGCUCAAUUGCAGAAAAUUCUGACUUUUGCAGGCCUUACAGAAUAUACACACGCUGUCUUGGUACAGCCACAGCUCUCAGUGUGUCAUUCGCAUAAAUAAUAAACAUAAAUACACAUAUUUACACUUGUAUAUCAACCAAAACUGCUUGAUAAAUGUGUGAAUUUUUUGAAAGGAAAUGUAUUGGAAACAUAAAAUGUGUAAAAGCGAA